AACAUGGUGAUGAGCUUCCGAGUGUCGGACCUGCAGAUGCUGCUGGGCUUCGUGGGCCGCAGCAAAAGUGGGCUGAAGCAUGAGCUGGUGACCAGGGCCUUGCAGCUGGUGCAGUUUGACUGCAGCCCCGAGCUCUUCAAGAAGAUCAAAGAGCUGUACGAGACACGCUAUGCCAAGAAGAGUGUGGAGCCCAGCCCACAGGUGCCACGGCCCCUGGACCCCCUGGCUCUGCACUCCAUGCCCAGGACUCCCCUGUCAGGGCCCACCGUGGACUACCCCGUGAUGUACGGGAAGUACUUGAAUGGACUGGGACGCCUGCCCACUAAGGCCCUUAAGCCGGAGGUGCGCCUGGUGAAGCUGCCUUUCUUCAACAUGCUGGACGAGUUGCUGAAGCCCACCGAGCUGGUCCCACAGAGCACGGAGAAGCUACAGGAGAGCCCAUGCAUCUUCGCGCUGACACCGAGGCAGGUGGAAAUGAUCCGCAACUCCAGAGAGCUGCAGCCUGGAGUGAAAGCCGUGCAGGUGGUGCUGAGGAUCUGUUACUCUGACACCAGCUGCCCACAGGAGGAUCAGUACCCACCCAACAUUGCUGUGAAGGUUAACCACAGCUACUGCUCAGUGCCGGGCUACUACCCUUCCAACAAGCCUGGUGUGGAACCCAAGAGGCCCUGCAGACCCAUCAACCUCACCCAUCUCAUGUACCUUUCCUCCGCCACCAACCGCAUCACUGUCACCUGGGGCAACUAUGGCAAGAGCUACUCCGUGGCAUUGUACCUGGUCCGGCAGCUGACCUCCUCAGACCUGCUGCAGAGGUUGAAGACAAUUGGUGUGAAGCAUCCAGAGCUCUGCAAGGCACUUGUCAAGGAGAAGCUUCGCCUAGAUCCGGACAGUGAGAUCGCCACCACUGGAGUACGAGUGUCCCUCAUCUGCCCACUAGUGAAGAUGCGGCUUUCGGUUCCCUGCCGUGCAGAGAGCUGUGCACACCUUCAGUGCUUCGAUGCCGUCUUCUACCUGCAGAUGAACGAAAAGAAGCCCACGUGGAUGUGCCCUGUGUGUGACAAGCCCGCAGCCUAUGACCAGCUCAUCAUUGACGGGCUGCUGUCAAAGAUCCUGAGUGAGUGUGAGGACGCAGAUGAGAUCGAAUUCCUGGCCGAAGGCUCCUGGCGCCCAAUCCGUGCGGAGAAGGAGCCGAGCUGCAGCCCCCAGGGCCCCAUCCUGGUUCUCGGCACCUCUGACGCCAACGGCCUCCCACCGGCCUCCAGCACCCCUGGCGUGGGAGGCAGCGUGGGCAGCUCGCUGGGCGGCGCAGGCAGCGGGGCAGGGGCAGCGGGCGGCCCGGAGAACGGGAGGCCUGGCGCCGACGUGGUGGACCUCACACUGGACAGCUCAUCAUCCUCCGAGGAUGACGAUGAGGAUGACGAGGAUGACGAGGAUGACGAUGAGGGUCCCCGGCCAAAGCGCCGCUGCCCAUUCCAAAAGGGCCUGGUGCCCGCCUGCUGACGCGCCGGCCACCCCUGCCCACCCC